ACUUGUGAUACUCCUGCCUCAGCCUCCUAGAGUGCUGGGAUUAGAGAUCUACAUCACCAGGAUUGGCUAAUAAUGACAGUUUCUAGCAUUUGUUGACUCAAAAAAUAGAGAUUUCUGAGUAAACAUUUAAAAAGGUAAAUAUUUAAAGAGGGCUCGGUGACAGAUUCAGAGAGUUGAAUCCUGGUAGCCAAGACACAUAGGCAAGUGAUUUAAAUUCUACGUGCUCCAGUUUCCUCAUCUGUAAAACAGGACUGUUAGAAUUUACUUCACAGAUCCCUGGUGGAGAGUAAAUGAGAUGAUGCAUUUGCAAUGCUAAGAAGAGUGUGUGGCUUAUAGUAAGCACUUAACAAAUGCUGGUUAAUUGACUGUGCCUUGGUUGCUCUGACUAGAGUUUUACAGCCUUUGUUUCAUUUCUUCCUCACAAGUCUUCCCUUCCAGGGACAAAUGGAUUGCACAAAUGAAGAAACCAUAUUUCAGAGGGGGCAAGUGGAAGACCAGAGUAAAUGCCCCAGAAUCAGCGAGAACUGUGAAUUCAAAGAAAGAGAUAUAUGCCAAAAGGACAGCCAGUGCCAGGACAAUGAAAAGUGCUGCGUCUUCAGCUGUGGAAAAAAGUGUCUAGACCUCAAACAAGAUGUAUGCAGUCUGCCAAAAGAAACUGGCCUCUGCAUGGCUUAUUUUCGUCGAUGGUGGUAUAAUAAGGAAAAUAAUACCUGUGACCUCUUCAUCUAUGGUGGCUGCUAUGGAAACAAUAACAACUUCCAAACCAAAGGCAUGUGCCAGAACUUCUGUGGAAGAAAAAGUCUCUUCGUGCAAGUAUAAAGACUCAUGCACCAGAACGACCACCGGGAUUGGCUCCUGCUCCUGACUGUGUGUACCUGACUGAUGCUCCAGACAGGAUUCCACUGCUCCACUCCCAGCGCGCCAAAAAAAGUUUGGCUCUUCUCAACAGUGAACCCUAGGACCUGCCUCCCUUUCCUUCAUCCCCACCUCUUUUUGUGCAUAAUAUCUUCUGUUUGCGUCUCACCUCUACGCAUGCUCACCCCUUCAUCUCCAUCUUCCAGAGUUCCCUGAUUAUCCACUGAAACUCCCAUCUUUUUUCAAUAAAGUACUUGGUUUAGUCCUAUGA